AUGACGGAAUCAUCCAUCAACGUUUGCGUUCGAAUACGUCCCUUCAGCGAGAAGGAGGCAUCACAUCUUGCACCGAAUGAAGAUCACACACCCUUUCUCGGAGAUGGGGGCCUCGCGGGUGGCAUUUCGCCAAACAAGCUUCCACCUUCAGCAGUAGCCUCGACCUCGACACUCAAGACUCGCUUCGUGCGACCCAUCGUCAAGCCUAUGGAUCAAAAAGUGCUCGUCUUUGAUCCUCCCGACACCAACCCGCUCACUCGACUUUACAGCAGCGGGCCAUUAGCGCACGGUGCCAGGCGCAACAAAGACGUUCGAUAUGCCUUCGACCGCGUAUUCGACUCGACAGCAUCUCAGACCGACGUCUUUCGAGAGACUUGCAGCCCGCUGCUCGAUGGCAUUCUGAACGGCUACAACGCAAGUGUCUUCGCAUACGGUGCGACAGGAUGCGGUAAAACGCACACGAUCAGCGGCACACCUGAGGACCCAGGCCUCAUCUUUCUCACCAUGAAGGAGCUCUACGCCCGCAUCCAGGACGCUCGCGACGACUCGGACGUCCAAAUUCGCCUUUCUUAUCUCGAGAUCUAUAACGAGACCAUUCGCGACCUGCUCAGCUCCGAGCCUACACCACCGGGUGCUGGUCUGGCACUUCGCGAAGACGCGAACAACCGUAUUUCAGUGGUAGGCAUCACCGAGCUCAUCCCGGAGAGUCCAGAGAGUGUGCUCCAGUACCUGCAGGAAGGCAACCUCCGACGCACUAUGAGUCCCACCGAGGCAAACGCAGUCAGUUCUCGAUCCCACGCCGUGCUCCAGAUCAACGUCACUCAGAAGCCACGCACCGCCAGCAUGACGGAGCAGACCACCUCGGCCUCCCUCAACAUUAUCGAUCUCGCUGGCUCAGAGCGUGCCUCUGCAACGCGCAACAACGGUGCGCGAAUGAAAGAAGGCGCCAACAUCAACAAGUCGCUGCUCGCACUCGGCAACUGCAUCAACGCCCUCUGCCAGUCGGGCGGCGUGGUUAAGCACGUCCCCUACCGCAAUUCCAAGCUCACCCGCUUGUUGAAGUUCUCCCUCGGUGGCAACUGCAAAACAGUCAUGGUGGUCUGCAUCAGCCCAUCCAGCGCUCACUACGAAGAGACGCACAACGCGCUCAAGUACGCCAAUCAAGCCAAGAACAUCCGCACCAAGGUCAGCCGCAACAUGAUCAACGUCGAUCGUCACGUAGCUCAGUACGUGCAGGCAAUUCACGAGCUCAAGGAGGAGAACGAACGACUGCGCGCUAAGCUGGACGAGCGAGGCACGCUCGAGUCCGCAGCAGAAAAGCGCAAACGUGCAGAGAUGGGCCGAGAAGUGGACGAAGCCAAGAAGCGGAUGCGCGAGAGCACCGACAACGUCACCAGACUCGUAACCGACAAAGCAGGCUUCGAAGCUACAACGGCAGCUGCCGAGACCAAGCUUGCGGAGCUGCGCAAACGCUUGGCUGUCGUCGAAGCCGACCUUCAGCGAUUCAGCAGCAAAAACGAGGUGCUGCCAUCCGACCUCGAGGGUGAACGCGAUGUUCUGCGCAAGAUGGUCGCGGCCGAGGAAGCGGCGCUGAAGGACGAGACCACGUGUGCUGGUGUAAGGAGCCUACUCAAUAGCCUGCAGAUGCAGCGAGGCAUCAUCGUCGCCGCUUCGCACAAUCAGAAGUUUGAUGCAGAGGCAUCCGAGACAGUUCAAACGCUGGGCAACGCCAUGCUGGCAGAGGUCGAGGCGGAGAAGGCGAAGGUCAAGUUCACUGGGCUUCUGGAUGCGCUGCGACGCUCAACGACGGAGUCCACGCAGCUGGUCUCUGCAGCGACGAGGAGCACGAUCGCACUCCGAGAGGUCGCCGGCGAGCUCGAGUACAGGGCUACCGCAACCAACGAGACCGCGAGCAGUGAAGGCACCGCAGAGAUCUCAUCAACGCUCACCUUGCUGGCAUCACAGCUGCGCAGCAUUGCAGGGGAGAACGAAAAGAUCUUCGAGGCCAUGUGCGGAGCAGCGCUGCCCGUAGCCGCGCCUUUGCCCGCAUUUACCGCUGCUCCUUCGACAGCAAGUACAGCUGCAGUACGAACGACGAAGCCGGCGAUCAGCUCAGCCUUGCGACGAUCACCAGCUACGGCGCCAGCCAGCUCAGCGUCUUCCGCGACGAGCUCCUCAGCUGCUCCGGUCGGCUCGACACGAUCCGUCUCGUCUUCAGCGACUGGGUUCAGCCGCGCCACUGCCGCAUCUUCUCGCCGAGCAUCCAUCGCGCCUCCCCUGGCUCGCUCGACCAGCAUGCAAGUCGCGAGCUCCCCUUCCACCCUUCAACCAAGCAACAUCCUGAACACCUCGACAUCACGACCCAGCUUCGCGGCUCCUACCUCUUCUUCCUCUGCCCGAUCGCAGGUCACUACCAGCAGUCCAGCACGAAAGACGGCUGCCACACGCAGAGUCAGCACAGCCGGCGCGACGCGGAGGCUGAGCUUAGUCCGAUCCAGCCGACCAGUUGCUGUAGCCCUACCCGUGGUCGAGGAGAAGAAAAAGUUCCGUUGGGCGGACGAAGCGGGUGAGGGAUCGAUCGACGACAAAGGUCUUGCUCACGGUCCAGCUGCGGAGGACUCCGCAACGACGGGAGACAGUGCGGGUAGCAGCUCGGGUGCUGAAUGGGAGGACGUCUCUGAUGGGCGCACUACACCAGCGCAGUUGGUCAAGCCAGCGACCUCGGUUGCGGCCAAGCCGAUCUCGAGAUCCACAUCGCUCGGAACAGCAUCGAGAGGACUAAGCGCAUUCCCCGAGACCAAAAGAUCUGUGUCAAGCACGUCCACGCUCUCCCCUCUUCGCGAGGCCAGCGGGACAUCCGCCGACGAAGCCGACAUCUCCAACGCCUCCCCCGUUGCGCCGCUCAGACCUCUCAACCCGCGCCCACCCCUCCGCGCAACCACCAACACAGCCGCCUCUGCUCCCGCCGCACGACUGCUCAACGGCUCCUCGUUCCCCGUCUUCCCCGCCACCGUUGACACCGACGGCGCCGUGCCCGUGAAAAAAGCCUUCCCUCGUCCUAGCGCCGGCGGUCCUGGCCCGAUUCGACGCCGCACCCGAACCAGCGUAGCCGUCAUCGGACAGGCCAAUCCGCUGCUCACCCUAGGCGCAGGAGGAGGAACCAUCCCCGGUCAGUCGGUCAACAGCGGUGUCGGCAACCGUGUCAAAGCUAGUCGCGUAUCCAGUGUCCCCGGUAUGCGCAGCGCCACUGUCACCGGCGGAUCCAUGUUCGCCUAA